CAGCCCCUUGGCCCCACGCCCAGGGACUCCCCCUCCUCCUCCCCGGGCUGCUGGUGACAGCGUAACAGUGACGGACCCGCCGCCUCCAGCCCUGAGCCCCCCGCAGCUUUCACCGACCCUCAGACUUGGCCAUGGCGCUCCCGCGGGGGGGACACACGCCGGGGGCUGGAACCAGCCCCUGGGGCAGCCCCGGGCUCUGCCGACACCAGCCCCUGAGCGGGAGCCUGCAGCGGAGGGGAGAGACCCGGGGAAAGGGCUGGGGCCGGGCAGGAAAGUGACUUUGCACCAAGGGCCCCUCCUCGCCCCAGCUCUGCUCCGGGGGGGGGGGGGGGUGCUGCGAGUCCCAGAGCUGCUGCUGCCCUCCCUGACCCCCCCGCCCCGGCUCUGCCCCCUGAGCGCCUGCAGGAGCCGAGCCAGCUACAGCCGGGAAGUUCCUGAGUCACCCCCCCUCUGCCCCUCCCCAUUGAUCCGCUCCUGGUUCCCACCCCAGUCCCACUUAGUCACUCCGGAUUUCAGCUCCCCUCCCCCCGCAGCAUCCUCCCCCCGCCUUCCUCAUUCUGCCUCCACUCAGGACGGGGGGGGGUAUGCUUUUUCGACAGGGCUGUGGGGACGGGGCUGGGCGGGGGAAUUACUGAGAACCCAGCGAUCCCUGGGGGGCAGGAACAGCAACGGGGGGGCAUUGACACCCCGACACUGGCUCCCAACCCGGGGAGCUCUGAGCCCUGGGGUGGGGCUGUUUUUUUCAGAGGAAUUUGCUCCGCCCCAACCAGCCCGGGACACACAGACCGGGACUUCAACUUUCCCUACUUUGGUACUUUCAAGUUUGAGGCCAGGGGCAGGGGUGGGCACGAAGGGGGCUUGGCCCUGUCGAUGGCGGGUCGGGUCUCAAACCCUCUGGCUUCAGGACCCCGUGUGCAGCCUCGACCAAGCUACGAUGACGGGGAAGGUUCCCUCGUUCUCCCCCAGCUCCACAGUGAGCUCCUAUCUGUCCGGCUACGUUGCUCUCUGCCUCGCUCUACAGGUUCACCGGCUGGCAUCAGCACAGUUCACAGUGACUGGACCUGACCACCCAGUCAUUGCCUCCCUAGGUGGGGAGGCCGUCCUGCCCUGCCACCUCUCCCCUAGGAUGAGCGCUGAGAACAUGGAGGUGAGGUGGUUCCAAUCCAAAUACUCUGCAGUUGUGCACCUGUAUAAGGAUGGACAGGAUCAGUAUGAAGAGCAGAUGGCAGAAUAUCAACAAAGAACUGAGUUCUUGAAAGACGACAUCACCAGUGGGAGUGUUUCCCUGAGAAUACGCAACAUCCAACCCUCUGACGAGGGACCGUACAAGUGUCGUUUUCAGUCCAGUGUCACUUAUGAAGAAGCUGUAUUAGAAUUACAGGUGGCAGAUUUGGGCUCUGCUCCUGCCAUCUCUGUGGAGGGACAUCAGGACAGAGGGAUCCGGGUUGUGUGUCGAUCAUCCGGAUGGUACCCAGAGCCCAAGGCUCAGUGGAGAGAUCUCCAGGGGCAGCUCUUACCAUCGGCCUCUGAAAACAUAUCCCAAGAGGCCGAUGGCCUGUUUCAAACAGAGAUUGCCAUUGUUCUAAGAGAAGAGUCCAACCAGAAAGUGUCCUGCUGUGUCAGGAACCCCCGUCUCGACCAGGAGAGAGAGUCAGCGAUUUACGUAACAGAGCUGUUUUUCCCACAAGUCAAUCCUUGGAUGGUGGCUCUGGGUGUGAUCCUGGCUGUUCUCCUUCCCCUGGCCGGUUACUGCUUCUGGAGGCAACACAGAGCAAAAGAGGCUCUGCGAUCUGAGAUGAAGACACAGAAAGCGGAAUACGAGGCAGUGAAAGGACUCACCAGAGCCCGAAGAUACGCAGUGGACGUGACUCUGGAUCCAGACACGGCAAAUCCCUGGCUCGUCCUGUCUGAGGAUCGGAAAUGUGUGAGCGACGGACACACACGCCAGGAUCUGCCCAACAAUCCUGAGAGAUUUGAUCCUUGUGUCUGUGUCCUGGGCGCUGAGGGGUUCGCGGGCGGGAGGCGUUACUGGGAGGUGGAGGUGGGAGACAAGCCUGAGUGGGCUCUGGGAGUUUGUAGGGAAUCUGUGAACAGGGAGGGGUGGGUCACACACACACCUGAGGAUGGAUACUGGGCCAUGUGGCUGUGGUAUGGGGAAUACAAGGCCAGCACCGACCCCCCGACCCCCCUCCCUGUGAGGGUCAGGCCCGGCCGGGUGGGGAUUUUCCUGGACUAUGAGGCGGGCGAGGUCUCAUUUUACAAUGUGACUGACAGGUCCCAUCUCAUCACUUUCACUGGCACCUACUCCGGGACACUCCGCCCUUAUUUCUGUCCUGGUCCCAACUCCGGGGGUGAAAAUGUGGCUCCCCUGAUCAUCAGCCCAGUGCCAGCUCAAGCUGGAGGGAAUCUCGGUCCCUGACAGUGACACCCGUGGCACAGACUGUCCCCUCCCAGCACUGCUGCUCUUCCUGCCCCCAGUUGUGCAAGCCAGAUACUGCCGGCAACUGGACAUUUUGUGCUGACCGGAUGCUGCCAGUUUCCCUUUUCAGUUCGAGGUUCCAGUCGAAAACCGGACACUUGGCAACCCCCAGCCCUCACCUUCUCUCGUCCCCUGCCCCAGAGGUAGCAGAUGGUGGUGGUGUUAUACCAAUAAAAUAAAAACCAGCAGGAUCUUAUUAAAGGGAAAAAGGCAAAAUACCACAUUUAUUGUGAAUACAGAAAGAAUCAUAGUAAGCAGUUAGUUAUCUCUAUAACAUUCCAUUCAAUCUCAUAUUUAUUCACACAUUCAUUCAUACAAACACCCACACACACAGGUUCUGCAAGGUUGUUAUCAUAGUUACCAGCCUUAGAGUUGCUCAUGCCAAGCCACUGGCCAGGUGGCCUGGACAUGAGGAGGGAGCAGGGCCUUGUCAGAUGCUCAUCUGAUGCUCCUGGAAGUUGCUUUGCAGAAUCAGACCCCAAAGUUCUCACUUUUUAGAGUCUAUUUUUAUAGGAAUUUCUUCCUAUGCCAGUCUGUGGGAAUUGCUUCAUCAUGCUGUUACUGAAUCAAUCAGCAGAUAGCACAUUCCUGACGGCUCCGUGCUCCAAGAUGUUAUCUUGUUCUUUGGUUCUCCCAUUCUUGAGGCUGUUGGGUGGAUUCCAGUCUGCCCUCCGGGGGGCCGGGGGUCCUCUGGUUAUUUCCACUUGACGCCUUCUUCAGCCGAUGGACACUGGAUUCUUAGGCUGGCACCUCCCUGAUCAUUCAGUUAUUAUCCACACCAAGCAUCCAUCCACAUACAUCCUCUAUCUCUAUUUUAAUCACAAUUGUAAAUACAACAAAAGGGUGGGGAGUCUCUGGGUGCUGUUUCUGUUGUUACAGAGUAUUGCUUUGAGUCUCUCUCUCUGUGAAUUGCUUUGAGAACAGACUCUGUCUUAGAAUGUACUAACACAAUUAGCAGCUUGCAAGUUUCACACAUAGAGGGAGAGAAACAGUACCAAAAACCAAGAGACCUCUUAAUUAGUAAUACCCUGGAAUUUACACUAUGGGGAAUCAAACUCAUUUGUGAUUUUAAUACAGAACUUCUUUAAUAUGAUCCAACAGUGGAUGGGGAAAGGUGAGGGCUAGGGGUUGCCCAGUGUCCAGCAUCCCAUAUAUAGUCAUUCACUCCUGUCAGAAUUUUCUACCCCUGUGAACUCUCAAGAUAAAAUAUGAAAGAAAAAAGAUUAUUCUAAUUUAGAAAAUAUUAUUGUAACAAGGUGUAAAUACAAGAAUAUUUUAAUUUACAUUUCAACAGUACUUCAAAAUCAAGCAUCUAAACAUGUUUUUAGCAAUGGAAUUAUUUACAUUUUUUUUAUUCUUCCAUCAAAUCUAUGUUGAAGUUUAACUUCUCUGAAUAACGUCAUUUGUAUUUCAACUGUGGAAUUUCAAGAAAUCCAAAAUAUUUAUCUAAACAAAAUAAACUAUUAAAUUGUCAGACAGGGUUGUUCAGUUACAAAGUACGUGUGUCAUAAACAUCACAACUACACACAUGUGCAGCUGUUCUCUCUCUCUCUCUCUCUUUCUCCUCCCUCUUUAUUGUCUUGACUGGUUCUCUCUGGGGGGCAGGGCACAUACACCCACCUCCUGCACUACACCUUUGAAAAUUAAUAGGUGAAAAAACGAUAGAAUUAAUUAAGCAAUAUAUUUAAGUUAACUUACACAAGGUUAUGUAAUAUUCUUUGAACUUCUGUCAGCAUUAAUUCAUGUGAUUUUUAACUUUCUAGCUACAUGUCAUCGGUAAUCAAGAUAUGACCCUUUCUUUCUUUCUCUCACAUCAAUAAAUAAAACAUGCUAUCUCCCUACAGAUAGAAAUCUCUUCUACAAUCUCCGUUUUUUAGUUUAUUUUUCUUUAGAAAUGUUAUUUACAGGCAAUGUAUUGUCAGUGUCCACUGUUGCUUUCAAUGUACUGCUGGGCUCUUCAUGUUCUUGGUUCUAAGGACACAACAAAUGUAGUUUGAUAAAGAAAUAGAGAAGGGGUUGUAUUCCUUUACUGAAUCAUCACAAAUUAACUUAAUUAUAUUAAAAAGCCUGGCAUUUAAUGACACAUAACAUAAAAUUUGGUGAAGCUUUAUUGGGAAAUCUUUCUUCUCAGCCAUGAAUCAGAUGUAAGGGUGCUAUUUUUGUUGUCAUGUGAGGUUUAGAGUACAAAGAAAAGAAAGUUGCUCCAGGAAAUUCAUCACAAUUCUUCUGGGUUCUGUCCACCACCUUCUGGAAUGCUCUGUACAAAUAG